GCAGACGUUAAAUUGUGAAGUGAAGCAGACGUGAAGAACACAGACGUCUGUACACGUCGUCUGCGACAAUCAUGGCAGAAAGGACUUGUCUGCAGGGAACCAAAACCAUUCGUCUUUCUUUAACUAUCAGAAAACGAAAAGGAUAUCUCGUCUUCCUGUUAUUAUGUAUUACGGCUCUCCUUUUUGGAACAUACAUAGAGUUGCUUUAUAUCAUCAGAUGUUUCAGUGAGUCCGUGAAGAAAGACUUUCAACAGAGUGAUGUUGUUUCACUGAACACGUUACGACAUGGUGACGCUGUUAAUACGAACCAGCGAUCCAUCUCCUCGGUAAAACAAUUCGACAUUUUUGGCGGGAAAGAAAAACUUAUCGUAUGGUACAACGCCGCCAGACAACACUGGAACAAGUCGUUUACUGGGAUUGCUAAUUGUGGUCAGCACAGGUGUAAGAUAUCUCAGAAUCCAGAUCACGUUCCACAAGCAGACGGAGUUAUUGUCAAUGCUUUUUAUCUGAAGCCUAACGAGCGACCACGCAAUCACAGUAUGAAACAAAUGUGGAUAUUUUAUUGCAAAGAACCUCCUUCCAAUUUGUACAGUGUGAAAUUUCCUUCCCGGUACUGGGGGAAGGUCUUCAAUUGGACUCUCACAUAUCGGGCGGAUUCCGACUUCGUCUUUCCGUACGGAGCUCUGUACGAAAAACGAAAUCCCGUAAAGAGGGACUGGAUGAAAAUUGCAAAAGAGAAAAGCAAGUCUGUUGCUUGGUUUGUGGGCAACUGUAAAACGUCAAGCAGACGCGAAGACUAUGUGAGAAAGCUGCAAUCUUAUGGCAUCAACAUUGACAUUUAUGGCCGAUGCGGGAAGUUCAAGUGUCCCAGAAAGGACGAACGUGCAUGCUUGAAAGACUAUCGUUUCUAUUUAGCUUUUGAAAACUCCUUCUGUUCAGACUAUGUCACAGAAAAGUUUUUUAAGACAUUCGAACAUGACAUAAUUCCCGUGGUACGCGGCGGAGCAAAUUAUACCCACUUGUUUCCAAGAGAGUGUGUAAUCAACACCGCAGACUUCAGACAUAUACGAGACUUGGGCAGUUAUUUACUGCGUCUGGAGAAAAACCUGACAGAGUAUGCCUCUUACUUGCAGAGCAAGGGUCGAUACAGAAUUGGAUAUCCACAGCCAUGCGGUGCAAGAAGGAUGAACUCUCCAGUGAAGGAUCUCCUUUUGUUGCCGGAUUUUCCCUGUAAUUACACAUUUUAUAACCCUACCCCUAUUUCCUGAACAGCAAUAUUUCAAUGGAACUGUUAACAGUGACUAAAUAAAACACAUUAUAAAAUAUGUAUUAGGAUCAGCAAGGCAAAAAUAAUGGAAAAGCAAGUUAGUGGAAUAUAAAUUUCAGAAAUAGAAGCAAGUGUUAGGGUCUCACGUAACACUUUGUUUACAUUAUGUAAUGCAAUUUACAUCACUUCACAACAGUAAGUUCACUUGAAGUUUAGAUUGACACCCUCAAAUGUUCUGUUUCAGGAAUUUUAUUUCACACAAAUCUACAUUAGGCUGCUAAAUACUACUUAGGUCCAAUAUUUAAAGUGAAUUUGACGUUAUAACGUAUAUGUUGGUACGAUGCCAUUAAAAUGAGCUCUCAGACUAAAACCAAUUAAAAGUCCAUGUUGUUGAUUAAAAAUCCAUAUUGAUCAUGUACUUAUUGUUAUCUUUGUGAUAUAACCAUGACUACAAAAGUAUUAUUGUUUAAAAUUGUAUCUUUGUACAGAGUUGGAUCGUACUCAUUAAAUCCAAUGGAUUUUAUUUGAAGUUGAUUUAUCAUACACCAAAACAUUCUAAUUCUAAUAAGUGUGAUUUUUUCCACAUUUGAAACAAGAGAGUGGCUUUUUGAUUGGUGGGUUUUUUGUCUAUUGGGGUUUUGUCCUGGAUUCUGUAAGAUACCACUAGCUUUUUUCAGUUAUCAGAUCCUUUUCCAAUUUAAGAAAGCAAUUUUGCUGUGAGAAUGAUCUGUAAAUACUUCCAUUUAUUACCCCAAUGGGCACUGUACAAUAUUAUUAGACGAUUUGGCACUUAAAGCCAAAGAACAUGUUGGAGAUGCAAGCCAAAGACCAUGUCGGCUUUAAAAAUGACAUCAUCAUGAUUUAGCAAACGCACACUUUACAUUUAUUUGUAUUCAUUAUUAAAUUUUCACUUUUGUAAUAAAUAUUUUAAUACAAUUGAUUAAAGAUUUUUUUAACUGAAUAAAAAGAAUUUUGUUUUUUUUAACAUCAUCUGUGAAUGUGAAUAAAAUAAAAAUAGCAAUAUUCAGAAGAGUGGAAAUGAUGCUUUACAUCAAUUCUGUAGACAUAAUUAAUAUAUUCUGUGUGUGUGUAUGGAUACCUAAAAUAAAAUGCUUUUUCCAGAAAUGUUUUACUGAGGUAAAAAAUAGAAUAAUAAACUCAGUACCAGUUAUCAAAUUUACUUUCCCUCAUAAAAUCAUUUUCAUUUGUCACUAACCAAAACUCGUGACAACUACAAAUUAUUUCACUCAGAACCUAAAUUUGAUAGUAAUCAAUAACUUGUUUACUUGCUUUUUUGUCAAAGUUAUUAGAUGAUUCUUCCAAUCUAAGAAAAUAUUUACUGAUAAGGUUGAUUUUAUAGCCUAUCAUUUUAAUUGUUCUGAAACAGUACAGCCGAGUUCAGCCAUAAAAGAUUUUACAAAUUACACAUACGUGUAUAUAUAUGGAAGAUCAAAAGAAAAGCAAAAAAUAAUUUAGUUUUCUUAAUUUUAGAUUAUUCAGUUUGAAUCUCCUUGGUUUCUUUUGUCUAUUAAACUUAUCAAUGUCUUGUCAAUACUCUACGUCCAUUUUGACAAUCUAGUGAAUUAGUUUGAUCAUGAAAACCUUACAGUACAUUAAAACAUUUGAUUAUUUUGUUUUUCAGUGUAUUUACUCUAUAUAGACCAGUAGUAAAAUGCUCGCUCGAUUCGAUGCACAGAUGGUCUGGGAUCGAUCCCCAUUGGUGGGUCCAUUGGGCUAUUUCUCGUUCCAGCCAGUGCACCACGACUGGCAUAUCAAAG